AUUUGUUGCAGUUGCGAAGUUGACAAGAAUCGUCACUCUUGGUACUUGAUCUUGACAACAAGCAAAGAGUCGCCCCUGUGUUAUUUUUCAAAAAUGGCUGAGCCACCUGCAGACCCCAUGAUGGAAGAGGAGAGCCCAGCACCAGCAGUGGAUAAACAUGAAUCCGCGCCUGAUGUGGUAGCAAAUGCAAAAGGGGACGACCACGACGUAGUGGUGACGCCGAAUCCUGCUGCCGUUUUGCGGUCACAUUUGCUGGCCAAUGGCGCAGAGAAACUCACGGAGUACGUCUGCGAGACCUUUCCGGAACCGAGUUCCUGCUGGUGGCUGUCUUGCAUUGUCGGGACGCGGACGUUUGAAGAAUCGAUACUGGAGGACGAGACGACUGUGCUGUCCCUGGACGCGCUCGGGGUUAGCGACGACACCAUUCUUACGGAGCAGGAGAAGGAGUCGAAGCUUCUGCAAAAAAUCCGAUACCUGCUGCUUAAGGACUCGGUGUCCACGACGGUAAGCGUAAGCGGAACAAGGCAUGAAAAUUAUUUUCGUUUCCGCGCCAUGCAUUUUAUUUUUCCAUUUCAAUUUCUACUUUGUGCAAAGAGACAAACAUCAUGAUAAGUACAUAGAUAAGUACAUUCAUAAGUACUUAUUAACCUACCUGCAAAGGUCCAGCACGGCUUUCGUGUGAGUGGUCUGGAGGCGCCGCGCGGCAGUUUUCGCGAGAAGUACUGGCCGCUGAUGAUUCUGAAGAAGUCCCACGCAGUCGACGCCUUUUUCACUGUUUUUCUCCGCCCCUGCAUCCAGCACGACGAGGAAAAGCGGUUGUGUGUCGUGAGAAAAAUCGUGGAAAAAUUGAACGACUUCUACACUGCACUAACCGCAUCCGCCGAGGCUUUGAGCACGCUGGAAAUUUUGAACUCCAGUGUUGUUAUAACAGUGAAGGACCCCUGCAGCAGCCCGUUUAAAGAUGAAAAAGCAACCGUCCUCGAAGCUUCCGCUCCCGAAAACGAGCCGGAGGUGUCGGUGAAAUGGGUUUUGCUUCCGCCGCCCGAAGAACAAGUAGUUCUUUCAACAGCAACUUCACCUCCAGAGGUGGAGGACGGCGGGACCACCACAGCCGCGGAGAAAACUUCUUCCUCCAAAGAGGAAGUGGAACAAAAGCCAGCAGUUUCCCCACCUCCGCCGUCCUUAUGCAAGAAAAAAAGGUUGUUAGUGUAAAUUUGUGAUGCACAACAUGCAAAUUGCUUGAGCCUGUCAUGCUUGGCAUGCAUCUAAGGGUCCAUUCAGCGGCGUUUUCCCGUACUAUCUGCGCAUGACAGGUUUUUGCUGUCAUGCGGGAGAUAUUUGUCAUGCUAAUCCUCCAACAAAGUUACACCUACAAUCUUUUUUUCCUGGAUAGUCCUGUGCGAUCGUGAACUAUCACCCGGAUUUGAAGCUGACGCACAAGCAAAUGUGGCGGGACGGGAAUUCCGAGGACGGAUUCGUCUUCGGUGUGCGCACGAUCCGGGAGUGCUGGUCGUCCGUGCUGACCAAGCUCGAUACGAAGUGGAAAGAGAAGCAAAGACGGUUAGAAUUGAGAAGCAAAGCGGAGCAAAAGGCAGAAGCUGUCGCUGCAAGAAGUGCAGGUGGAGCUGCCACUGGAGUAGAACAAGAAGUAUCAGCACAGGCUGGAGAGAACGAGGAUGAAAAAAUUGUCAAAGACGAAGAAAAGGACCUGGACUUCCUAGAGGCGGAAGGGGCUGUUAUAGCGUCAAAUUUGAGUUCUCCAGUGGAGCAAGCAGACGAGUUCUACGGCGACGAAGCUGCCGGGGACGUAUUUGUCUCCGGAAACAACUUAUUGGAGGAGAAAAUGCGGGUCUAUGAGACCGAUGUGUACUUCACAACGGCGACUGCGGCAGCGGUGUCCCCAAGCGGGUUGGAAGCAGCUUCCCCCGCAACGUCAGAUGAAGAUGCGAAAGAAGUAGGUUCGGCGACGAAACAGGAUGGCGACGCUGGGAAUAAAGCAGAGGCACUUGCAAGUAAGUUGUUUGUGGAAGUAGAUCUUCCAGCUUCGGACGACAAAAAGGUCAUGAAACUAGUGUCAGUUGGGAACUCUGACGAAGUGUUUACGUCGCAAGAGCCUGCAGCUUCGGGUGUGGUCGAUGCUGUUGGUGAAACAUCAGGUGCAUUUUUGUUUUUCUAGUCAGUACCGAAGAAGCUUGCGCCAUAUUGUUUUUCUAGUCAUUUGGUGUAUAAACUCGUUUGAAUCUUCCGCAGCUGCAUGCGUCACAGUUUGUUGCAGCUCACAUUUAAAAAUUUUACCAGCACAAAGCCUGAGUUUCUAAAAUCACAUCAUCCUGCUCACCUCUUUUCAGCCCCUACUGGUGAGAGGAAAGACUCGUCCCCGGAGCGCCGCGCUAGUUUGACUGCGGAAUACCUGCGACAGACCUUCGAAGACCCGAUUGGCCGCCCGAUUUCCGAGUUGGCGUCCGAGUGGAGUUUCACGGAGUCCCGGGUAGCCAUGCACAGCAGCCGGCCGAAGGACCGGGAAAGCAUGCGGGCGUAUUUGUUGCGCGUGAACAUGGAAAAACUGAUGUUCUCCUCCGCGUCCGCCUACGCGCAAAGCCACCGCGACCCCCUAGACGACUUCGAAGAACUGAUUUCCGAGGCCACGCCCGCGGCGGGAUUUCGAAACACAGGGAACAAUGCCCUCGGCUUGGAGAAAAUUGUCGAGGUGGAGGAGGGAUCUCCGCUGAGGGAAUUACAGCAGGAAAAGGAAGUAGAGCAAGGAGAAAAUCUCCUUGCAGACGACCAGCCGAAGCAAGCUGCUAGUAGCAGCAGCACGGCAGCGAAACUGGCCAACAUGGUGAGCUUGAGCAGCAACGAGUCUGUCAUUCACACGCUUUCUUCUAAAGAAGACGCCCCGCCGCCGGUGAAGCAAACGACCGCUAGAUCCUCGAGACGGGUGACACGGAAAGUCGAUUGGACGAAGCACUUAAUGCUCAGUACUUUUAUAUGUCUGGCUUGUGGUCGUUCUUAUUCUUUGUUGACUUCAGAAUCUAUCAGAACAUGUAGUAUGUCCUCUCGACUCGCAUAUCAUGUGUGCUGUCCGCACUGUAUCCUCCUCCCAUCAUCACCAGGUACGGAACUUCUUCCCAACCUCGUUCCGAAGAACCUUGAGGAUUUCCGGACGAAGACAAAAGUCGCCAAGAUCGAGCCGAAGGAGGUGGAUGCGAGGCCCCUCCUCGAACUGGCGAACAGCGGCAAGGCCAAGCUGACCUUCAACAGCUCCGAGUUCAACGAAAAAUCCAAGAAGCUGGCCGCGGAGCGCGCCGCCUUGCUCCAGGGCCGGCGCGCGAGCGUCUGUGGCGCCGGCGCGGGCACGUUGAUCCUCUCCCGAGGACCGGCAUCGAUGAUGAGCAACCCUCGCCUGCAGCAGCAACCGAUGUCGGCCAUCGACGAGGGCGACGACCAGGCGUCGGAGAAGACUUCCCCGAUGAGUCCGUUGAAGAACAAGGCCGAAGAGUUGUCCGAGCCGCCGACCGUGCUCGUGAAGCAGGGCGGCGCUGUUGACUCGUUAGUGGUGGACGCGGUGGACAGUACGAACGGCAUGAUGAUCCAAGGAGCAGAAUCCGGUAGUAGUUGUACCAGUCCGGACGGAAAGCGGCAGUUCAUGCGAGCGUCCCCUUCCUUCCACGAUGUGUCCUCCAGCUCCUCGUCCGCGGCCGGGGAUGAGGACGGCGCUUCGGAUCAAAAACCUCCAAAUGCAGGCGGGCGGAAAAAGCUUCCAAAUAAAGCCGCUUCUGCCACGUCCUCGGCACGGGGAGCUGCAACAGGAGCGGUUCUGAAGAAUCCGAACGUCGCCUCACUGUUCAAAAUUCCGCUCAAUGUCACCAUGAGCCAGAAGCUGCUGCACGUGGACACACACGCACUGCAGUUGAACUACGCUCCGCGCACUUCGUACCAGAAGACCGGCGUGCUCACGCUACGUCACAGUCCGCCGAAGGGCACGAAUCCAAAGCGGGUCUCCGGGACCAAGCCGGGCAUCAACCUCUCCGAGCUGCGCUUAAUGAACCCUGCGGCUUUGCUCAAAACGGCUGCAGGGCCUGAGAAAAAGACCAUCAAGGCUCCUCUACUUGGCGGUGUGAAGAUUCAGCCGAAAGUCAGUGGAGCAUUGCCAUUGGACCCGGUCGUGCGAAAUAGCAGUAAAGCGUCCUCGGAUGCUGGUACCGUUCCGGUCGUCGACGAGAACGGGCAGAAGGUGCACAAGCAUUCGGACCUGGUACAGGACUUGAUGAAUGUUGAGCCGGCGACUGAGCAAGAAGGUGCAACUUGUGGUCCUGGGGAAGGGAAAGAUGAAAAGAAAAGUACGACGCCGAAAGAUGCUAACGCUGCUGAAAAAGAAAACAAAAACGUGGAUGCCACUGCCACGUCGUCGUGGCAGAAAGAGCGGAUCGCUGUUCUGCACAGCGCGGAUACACCAUCAGUCUCAGUCCAGGAAAUAGAGCCCGCGGAUCCGAACAACGGAGAGACGCUGCCAGCUCCUGCAAAGAAGUUACCGAACAAAAUGAAGUCCCCGAACGCGACCCAAAUCCCGAAACUGAAAAUCCCGCCGCAGGGCUCACCGGUCUUCCUCGUCAACCAGAACGUCGACGAAGACGCGAGCGCCACUUCGCACUCUGAAGAUAUCAAAUCCAGCGAGGCGGAUGAAACGAACGUGACCUCAAAAAUCAAAAAACCAAAAGCCGCCGUCGUUCCCCCAGCAGCACCGCAGAACGCGAACAUCCAGGCUUUACUGCAGCAACGCAAUAUGGAGUGUCUGAGCCAGCUGACACAGAAAUCCGUCGGAAAUUUGCAAGAGCUGCGUCGGCACAGCGUUUCGCUGGUGAUGCACAGGGCCGCCACGGAAAUGAAAAAGCGGAAUUCGGGCUCGAAUUCGAACCGUACCUCCCUGGCGUCGGUCGCAGAAGCGACCUCCGCGAACACCACAACGAUCAAAGCGACCAGGGCGGUCGCUUCUGGUGGCGGCCCGUCGGCCGGCACUCGCCGCAUGCCGGUUAACUUGGUCACUCCUGGCCUCAGCGGAAUCGUGCCUCCGCAACUCGGCAGCAGUAAAACCAUGCUCGUCCAGAGCUUCAGCACGUCGAAGAUUUCGACAACCACCGCGGAGGAGUCAUCUGCGCGGAGUGAGAAAAAACCAGAACAAGUGACAGUGAUUCCUACCAGCAGCCCGGUGCUGUUGCAGCAACCGCAGCUGCCCACAGUUCCAGGAUUUUCUGGAUCUAAAUCACCGAUGUUCAAUCGCACUACGCCACUGAUUUCGCCCGUCGCCCCAUUAUCGUCUCCGCGUGUGAACGUCGUUGCAGGACCUGGAGCAGCCUCUUUUUUGUCGCCAAAGAUGUCAAAGUCGCCAGUCGUCGGGACGCAAUCAGGUUUGACGACCUCUGCGGCGAGCUGCCGCGCUGAGCAAUUUGUGCAGGCGGACAGCCAAAGCAGCACCGGUUCCGGCAAAACGCCGGUUUCGGUCACCGCGACCGCGCGACCAGUUCCGAUGACUUUGACAACGUCGAAAGGAGCGACCUCCCCGUUCUACGCUACUGGCAGUCCGUCACUGGUAAAAAGCGCCAGUACGCUGAAAGCCUCGCCUACCUUUAUCCAAGCACCAAAAGUCGGAAUUUUCAAUCCGCCGCAGCGGGGAAGCAGUAGUAGCUCGGGCGCAUCAAAUCCGAUUGUUCCAGUGACGGCAAGUAAAGCUGUACAAGAGCCUGUUGAGAAAGCUGCGUAGAAGUAUGUCUUUUUGAAGUGGUUUUUUGCUGUGCCUGGGUCAACAUAAUGCAUGAGUUGCUUGCGGGGCCGACAAAGAUUAUCGGUUGUGAGCCAAGUGAUAGGGAAGCUACUUCACGUCAAGUGUAGUACCGGAGCCGUGUAAAAAUCAUUUUUCCAGGUUUUGAAAUUGAGAUUUCUUCCGUAGUUGUUCGCCGGGCUCGAAGUACUUGGAACUAGUAUUCUUCUUGUGAAGAUCAUACGCAUUUUUCGCCAACAUGACUGACAGAAUGUGAAUGAUCUUUCUACAGUACUUACGUCACAGCGGUUGCUUUACCCUAUAAUCAGCAUCCUGAAUCUAUUGAUCGCGAUGGAAAUACGAAGUAAGAUGAAAGACGAUUUGGAUGUGUUACAUGAAGAGCUUUUUCGACAUGUGGAAAGCAGGGAAACCAUGCGCUCGCAAAUUGAACCAUGUCAUCAUGACAAU